AUGUCUGCUCCAGUUGACACCUCUUUGACCAGCCUCAAGGAAAUCACUGCCAAGAUCAUGGCCAUCAUCACCAGCGCUUGGCAGCUUCCUCUGGGCCACAGCCACUUUUCUCUGACAACCCAGGUCAGUACACUCAUGGCCGAUGCGGUCCGGCAAUAUGGGAGUGGUCCCUACCUUCUGGGUCUUGUGUGUUUGUGCUCAAGGGAGUUAAUUUGUGUUCGGGGCAUGACUCCUCAGGUCUGGCCCAACUGGCACAGCAUCGGGUACAACGAUACCCAUUUGUUGAUGCACCCCUGGUGCAGCAAGGUUCUUGCCUGGGAGGAGUUAGGUGAUCACACCUUUGAUCUCCCGGUUGUGUCCGGUCCUUCAGUAGAUCCAAUUCCUGUGGAUCUUCCACCCUCGCCUGUCAUCGCCGGGCCUUCUACCAACCCUGCCUCCAAGUCCUGGGAGAAGGGAAAAGGUAAGGCAGUUGUCCCUGACCUGGAACCGGAAGUGGAAGGGAGUCGGAAGAGGAAGUCUCCAAUGAUUCCGGCACUUCCCUCCCAACCCCCGAAGUCCGCUAUGAAGACUCAGAAGCGGGCGAAGACCACCGGCCUUGCCAAAUUCAAGGUGUUUGUUGAGUCAGAAGAUGAGGAGGACUUGGUCACUCAGGUCAUCCUCCCCCGGCUCUCCCCAGAUGUUGCAAGGACGUCCGGAUCACCUCGGUCACCCCGGAGCCCAAAGAAGAAACCCUUCGGGCCUGCUACGGCAAUUGCCGGCAAAUGUCCGGAGGUCAUCGAGCCCGCUCAGGCAACUCCCGAACCUCCGGUAGAGGCAUCCCCAGUCAUCGAUACAGGUGAUAUACUCAUUCCCAGACCCAUAAGUACACCAUUGAGACUUGAGGACCGGCGCCCCAUGCAUGUCCUGCAUCUACUGCACCACCAAGAAGAUCAAGUGCAUCUCCGUGAGUAUGGGAACCCCGCUGAAACGUGUUUGAGGUCAAUCCGUCACCUGGACCACCAGGAGGACCAGAUUCAGGACCCCUUCCAAAGCUCCCUCCAAAGCUCCGGCCGCCUCACAAACCACCGGCCAGACGCAGAGUCAAUCUCAGGUCUCUUCCAUCACUCCUGUCUCAUUGACCUGUCUAUGGAAGGGAUGGAGCCCAACCCCCCCAACCUCCAGGAUGAGUCUGCCAUCGACGGACUCAUAUUUGAGCUCAACCAAAUUCAUCCUGAGGUUUCACAGAUGCCCGGCAAAAUUGUGAAACCAGAUGAUCCGGGCAAUCUUUUCCCAGAGUAUGAUUCAGUUGAAGAGAUGGAUGUUCAAGUGAAGGGUGAACCUUCUGGUGAGGAUGUUGACAUGACUACAUAA